AUGCGCGGUGAAGAGCCCAAUUUGCCCAAGCAGGCCGACGUUGGGUACCGGGCCGUGAACGCCCUGACCGGUCAGGGCGACCCCAUCAUGGUUCCCGCCGACGCCACCGAAAUGCUGCAAUACCAGGGCGAAGUCGUGGUGGUUAUCGGCAAGGAAUGUCGCAACGUUUCGGAAGCAGAAUCGCUGGACUAUGUGCUGGGCUACACCAUCGGCAACGACGUGAGCGAACGCACCUGGCAGCGCAACGACCGCACGAUGUGGCGGGCCAAGAACACCGACACCUUCAAACCGAUGGGGCCGUGGAUCGCCACCGAUCUGGACCCGGACGAACUGCACGUUACCAUCCAGGUCAAUGAGCGGGUGGUCGGCGACUACGACCUGUACACGGCGAUAUUCGGCGUGCGGGAAUACAUCAGCAAGAUGAGCCAUUACCUGACGCUGGUGCCCGGCGACAUCCUGUGGAUGGGCACCGACGGCGCCACCGAAAAUAUGAAGGACGGCGACGUUUGCGACAUCACCGUCAACGGCAUCGGAACGCUGAGCAAUCCGGUGGUGUGGGGCAAGGCCUGA